AUGUGUUUACGAUUUUCUUGUGGAAGCGAUGUUUUUUGCGGUAAUUUGACAGUUUAUCGGCGGAAAUGGUCACUUGAGAAUGCUGUGGUACUUGUCAGUAGGACAACAGAAGAUUUAAAACAAUGUCUUCAUAUUUGUUGCAGUUUAGCAGACUGUCAAGGAGUAACAUUUAUUGGAGUUGUUGAGAAGAAAAUGGCGCAAGAAAAUUGUUUAUUAAUUAAAUGUUAUAGCGAAUGUCAAUUUGACAUCGCUAGUGCUGAGCUAUCCGAAGGUGUUUCAGUUAAGAUUACCCGUGCUAUACAGAAUUUCACUGCUGAUAAUAUCGAAGCAACAGAUAUACCAUUAUUGAAAGCUAACAUAUUCACGGGUAAGUUAACUCCAAUCUGGGCAAUUGGUCUUAUCAUUGUUGCUUCAGUGUUUUGCAUUGGUUUUAAUAUAAUCUUAAUUACUGCUUAUAUUUGUUGGCAACGAAAGAAAAAUUACAAACGUAAAGCGCACAUUUCAACAAUUACAACAUUACAUGCAUUUAAUCCAACUUAA